CGUGGAUAUUGGACUUUGGUGACCCGACGCUGACGCACUCAGAGAGUCACAGUUCAUUAGGCAUUGGAUUCUCCCUGAUCUGCUCUGUUUCUUCAUCAUCAGGCUUCAGUCAAUCGUCUGCAAAUUACUUUCCUUCCUCUGUUCCACUUCCAUCCCGAAUUAAUCCCCUCUUAAUUUCUCCGCACAUUCUCUAGCUCUGAAUUAUAUCCAAAUCAGCCAGCCUUAAUUUCUCCCUUAAUUUCCUGCCACGCUUGGUGAUUUUUUUUGUUGGCGAUCACAUCAGCGAGCGCGUCCACCUUUGACGAAAGCUGAUAGAGUGACAGGUCUUUGUCUCCCACCUAUUGGCACAUUGUUUCCUCCGUUCUUGAACUGGAAGCUGGAAGGGUGAAGUUGUCUUGCACAGCAGCACAAGGGAGCUGUGGAGGAGGAGGUGGAGGUGCAGCCAUGGCGCACCUGCUGCUGCACGGCACUCUCGAUGCCACCAUCCUGGAGGCCGACCACCUCACCAACCCCACCCGCGCCACCGGCGGCGCCCCCGGGAUUUUCCGCAAGUUCGUGGAGGGAUUCGAGGAGUCGCUCGGCCUCGGCCAGGGCUCCACGCGGCUGUACGCGACGGUGGACCUCGGCCGCGCGCGCGUGGGCCGGACGCGGGUCAUCACCGGCGACCCCGUGAACCCGCGCUGGUACGAGGCGUUCCACAUCUACUGCGCCCACUUCGCCUCCAACGUCGUCUUCUCCGUCAAGGCCGCGCAGCCCAUCGGCGCCACGCUCAUCGGCCGCGCCUACCUCCCCGUCCGGGACCUCAUCGCGGGACAGGAGAUCGAGCGCUCGCUCGACAUCCUCAACGCCAGCAAGAAGCGGCUCCCGCACGGGCCCAAGCUACGCGUGCGCCUGCGGUUCCAGGACGUGGCCGCCGACCGCCGCGGGUGGGGCCGGGGCGUCGGCGGCGCGCGGUACCCCGGCGUGCCCUACACCUUCUUCUCGCAGCGGCCCGGGUGCAGGGUCACGCUGUACCAGGACGCGCACACGCCCGACGCGUUCGCUCCCAGGAUCCCGCUCGCCGGGGGCCGCUUCUACGAGCCGGGCAGGUGCUGGGAGGACGUGUUCGACGCCAUCAGCAACGCGCGCCACCUCAUCUACAUCACCGGAUGGUCGGUUUACACUGAGAUCACGCUGUUGAGGGAUGGCAGCCGGCCGCGCCCCGGUGGCGACGCCACCCUCGGCGAGCUCCUGAAGCGCAAGGCAAGCGAAGGAGUGCGGGUGCUCAUGCUGGUGUGGGACGACCGCACCUCCGUCGAGUCCCUCGGGAUGAAGUGGGGGUUCAUGAGCACGCACGACGCCGAGACGGCGGAGUACUUCCGCGGCAGCGACGUGCACUGCGUCCUCUGCCCCCGCAACCCCGACGCCGGCAGCAGCGCCGUCAUGGGUGCGCAGAUCGCCUACAUGAUCACGCACCACCAGAAGAUCAUCGUGGUCGACCACGAAAUGCCGGCGAGGCACAGUGACCGCCGCCGCAUCCUCAGCUUCGUCGGCGGCCUCGACCUCUGCGAUGGCCGCUAUGACACGCAGUUUCACUCCCUGUUCCGGACUCUAGAUACAGCGCACCACAAGGAUUUCCACCAGCCCAACCUCACUGGUGCGUCCAUCAACAAUGGUGGGCCGAGGGAGCCAUGGCACGACAUCCACUCCAAGAUCGAAGGCCCAGCCGCAUGGGACGUGCUCUACAACUUUGAACAGCGGUGGAGGAAGCAAGGAGGCAGCAUUGAUCUCCUCGUUGACCUCAAAGCUUUGGUGAACCUGAUCAUACCACCGUCGCCAGUGAUGUUCCCGGAAGACCAGGAGACAUGGAACGUGCAGCUAUUCCGCUCCAUUGAUGGCGGUGCGUGCUAUGGCUUCCCUAGCACCCCAGAGGCUGCAGCUCAAUCUGGACUUGUCAGUGGCAAGAAUAAUGUCCUUGACAGGAGCAUCCAGGAUGCCUACAUCCAUGCCAUACGCCGUGCCAAGCACUUCAUUUACAUCGAGAACCAGUACUUCCUUGGCAGCUCAUUCGGGUGGAAAGCCGACGGCAUAAAGCCAGAGGAGAUUGAAGCACUGCAUCUUAUCCCAAGAGAGCUCUCACUGAAGAUUGUGAGCAAGAUUGAAGCUGGUGAGCAUUUUGCAGUCUAUGUUGUCCUGCCAAUGUGGCCAGAAGGCCCUCCUGCUGGUGGAUCGGUGCAGGCCAUACUUGACUGGCAGAGGAGGACUAUGGACAUGAUGUACAAUGACAUUUCUGUUGCACUUGAGGCAAAGAGGAUUGACAGGAACCCGAGGGAUUACCUUACAUUCUUCUGCUUGGGGAACAGGGAGGUGAAGAUGAGUGGUGAGUAUGAACCUUCAGGUCGUCCACUUGAUGGGACAGACUAUGCUCGGGCACAGAAUGCACGGCGCUUCAUGAUCUACGUUCAUUCCAAGAUGAUGAUAGUGGACGAUGAAUACAUCAUCGUUGGAUCUGCCAACAUCAAUCAGCGCUCAAUGGAUGGGGGCAGGGACUCUGAGAUCGCCAUGGGCGCCUACCAGCCGUGCCACCUGAACACCAAAGGCCAGGUCGCCCGAGGUCAGGUCCACGGCUUCCGGAUGUCGCUGUGGUAUGAGCACCUCGGUGUGCUACACGACGAUUUCCUCAACCCCGGCAGCCUGGAGUGUGUUCAGAGGGUGAACCAGAUGGCUGACAAGUAUUGGGACCUCUACGCUAGCGAUAGCCUCGACGCCGACCUCCCUGGGCACCUGCUCAGGUACCCGGUCACCGUCACGAAGGAGGGCACGGUGACAGAGCUCCCGGGGGCGAAAUUCUUCCCCGACACGCAGGCGCUUGUGCUUGGGGCGCUAGGGAAAUUUCCUCCUUUCCUCACUACAUAGAGAAAUCUUCUGAACUUGUUACCAUGUGACGUUUAUAGGCUGAACUGGUUGAUCAGCUAGUCUGAGGUAUGAAAAUUUCCCGGUCCUUGCAGGGUGCAUAGCGCAUACUAUAGUACUACUAGACUGCUGAAUUUCUGAAGGAAUGUGACUUGAGUUGGCUGACGCAUGAGCUGCAGAAAAUUCAGACUUGAUUGGCUAGGAUUGACUUGUUGGAUCCUAGACAGGUUUUUAAAGGUUCUGGUCUGUUAUGGUCAAUAAACCUGCCGGUUGGUCAAAUUCGUCCGAGCGUAGACUUCAUCUCCUUUUCCAGUCCUUGAGCUGGAGAAGCCUUCAGCUUGCCCUGUAAUCUUGAGUACUGGAGUUCAGGUGCAUUCGCAAAUAUUAAGUUCGGAACCAUGCUUCUUUGUCCCA